GCCAGGACGACCAGGCUUCCCGAGGCACGUGUCUUGUAUAAAAGCGGAAGGCGGCACCUAGUAUUGCGCACCCAGACUCAAGAAGCAUCAGCAGGAGGUAUCUCAAUCCCUCUAAACAGCAGCAGCCAUGUCAGACCUCUGUGUUGGAAUCAAUGGAUUUGGCCGUAUUGGCCGCCUGGUCCUGAGGGCUUGCCUCCAGAAGGGCAUCAAGGUCGUGGCCAUCAACGACCCCUUCAUUGACCUGCAGUACAUGGUCUACAUGUUCAAGUAUGACUCCACCCACGGCCGUUACAAUGGUGAGGUCUCCAAAGAGGAUGACAAGCUCAUCGUCGAUGGCCAGGCCAUCUCCGUCUUCCAGUGCAUGAAGCCACAAGAAAUCCCCUGGGGCAAAGCUGGAGCCAAGUACGUUGUGGAGUCCACCGGAGUCUUCCUCACUGUGGACAAAGCCUCAUCUCACAUCCAGGGUGGAGCACAGCGCGUGGUCGUGUCCGCCCCCUCACCCGACGCUCCAAUGUUCGUCAUGGGAGUCAACGAGGACAAAUACGACCCCUCCACCAUGACCAUCGUCAGCAAUGCCUCCUGCACCACCAACUGCCUGGCCCCCCUGGCCAAAGUCAUCCAAGAUAACUUUGGCAUUGAGGAGGCUCUCAUGACUACAGUGCACGCGUACACAGCCACCCAGAAGACCGUGGACGGACCCAGCGCCAAGGCCUGGCGUGAUGGCCGCGGUGCCCACCAGAACAUCAUUCCAGCCUCCACUGGUGCUGCCAAGGCUGUCGGCAAAGUCAUCCCCGAACUCAACGGGAAGCUGACCGGCAUGGCCUUCAGGGUGCCCGUGGCUGAUGUGUCCGUGGUGGACCUGACAUGCCGUCUGACCAAGCCUGCGUCUUACGCCGAUAUCAAGGCAGCCUGCAAGAAGGCCGCGGAGGGACCCAUGAAGGGAAUUCUGGGUUACACCGAGGACCAGGUGGUUUCCUCUGACUUCAUUGGCGACACCCACUCCUCCAUCUUUGAUGCUGGUGCCGGUAUCUCCCUGAACGACAACUUUGUCAAGCUCAUUUCCUGGUAUGACAAUGAGUUCGGCUACAGCCACCGUGUCGCUGACCUGAUGCUGUACAUGCACUCCAAGGAGUAAAACUUCCUGGCCAAGAAGGAAGUCAGAAAAGGGACCACCCCCACCAUCCUACCACACUUUCCCUUCUCUUUUACACACCCCACCCAUAGCAAAUUCAUAGCAUCACAGCCCCUAACUCUACUACAUUAAACGUAGGCAGCCGCUACUGUGUGUUGAGUGUUCUGAGUUUAUCUGUUUUCCUUUAACGACAAUCGGUCGGUGACAGUAUUUGUGUCUGUGUGCCCCCUCUGCACCUCCCCCUGCCUCUUUAGAUGUGUCCUUAUGGCUCACUACUAUGGUAACUACUGUAUUCAUCUCCCUGUUGGUGUGUUUUAAAGACUUCAUCACCAGUGGAAGGAGGAAGCUGAGGGGAAGAGCUACUGUAACUCGGCUUAAGAGUAAUGAGACAGAAAUAAAACUUCAAAAACCUCAAGCUGU